CUGGUUCAUAAUCAGACCUAACUGUUCUCCCUUGUCUGAAACAUGCGUGGGAGUAGCAGCCUGGCAACACAUGAGUUAACAAGGCAGCAUGUGUUAAGUUGAGCUAAGUGAGUAAUGCACCUAGUUAAAGUUUUCAAUGCGGCUGCAAUGUGGAGAGCGAGAGAAAGGGAAAGGCAAGAUCAGGAGCUGUUAUCUCGUGAGCUGAACUCGUUUUAAAGGGGUCACAAACACAAGGAUGGUGGUUUUCAGAAUUUAAAAUUACAAGUGAACUUCAUGGGAAGUUCUUGAACAACCCGUUUGUUCUGGUCAACGUCAUGCGGACUUUUCUGGCUGUACUUGAGAUUGGAGUUUUUCACUGAAAGAAAAACAUGGAUGAUUUAGCUUUAUUUGACAUGUUAGAGUGUCCAGUGUGCCUGGAGAAGCUGGAUGUCUCAGCAAAAGUGCUCCCAUGCCAGCACACCUUCUGCAAACCUUGCCUCCAGAGAAUCUUGAAAUUGCACAAGGAGUUGAGAUGUCCUGAAUGCCGAACACUGGUCCGCUGCAGUAUUGAAGAGCUUCCAGCCAACUCACUUUUGAUCCGCUUAUUGGAUGGCAUCAGAUUUGGGCCCAGUAUGAUGAAGUUUGGAUCACUCCAACGAUCUGGGGUCCUCUCAUCUCCUGCCUCCAUCAGAAGGGUCAAGGGAGAUCCAAGAACUGUACAACUCAGUCAAUACAGACUGACUUCCAAUCCCAGGAUCCCUGUGGAAGGGGUACCCCAGGCUAAAGCCCUGUAUAGCUACAGAGGACACAACCCUGGAGAGCUGAGGUUCAACAAAGGUGACAUCAUUAUAUUGCACCGUCAGCUGGAUGAGAACUGGUACCUAGGAGAGAUCAACGGAGUCAGCGGAGUUUUCCCAACAAACUCGGUGCAAGUUAUCAAACAGCUGCCACAGCCACUGCCCCUUUGCAGAGCACUUUACAACUUCGAUCUGAAAUCCAGGAAUAAAAAUGAAAAAUCAAACUGCCUGACUUUUCAUAAGGGCGAUAUCAUCACUGUAAUCAGACGAGUGGAUGAAAACUGGGCAGAGGGAAAAUUAGGUGACAAAACUGGGAUUUUCCCCAUCUUGUUUGUGGAGCCAAAUACAGUAGCACGGCAACUCCUUCAGUCAAGCAAAAGUUACCAGUCUUCCCAGCUGAAAUGUGCUUCACCCUUACGAAAAUCCUUGCCUAGAGCAAAGGGCCUGGAGUCACCCACAUUCUGCAAAGGGCCUGAAUCUAGAAGGAAGAGCAUGAAGCAAUUUUCUAUCACAACUGCCUUAAAUACACUCAACAGGAUGGUCCAUUCACCCACAGGACGACAGACUUUGGAAAUCAGCUCCCCUGUGCUGAUCAGCUCAAGCAACCCUUCCGUGACUACCCAGAAUGAUGAAAAAAUUGAAUUCCCAUACAGCACCCCUGUUCAGGUCAGCGCUUCCUAUUACUCUUCACCUAGAUCCCUGGGGCACUCUACAGCCAUUGUUACCCUUCCCCAUUUACAACAACACUUAUCAGUGAAUAUGUGUGUUGCUCUGCACUCCUACACAGCUCACAAUCCAGAUGAACUAGAAUUGCAGAAAGGAGAAGGCAUCCGUGUUUUGGGGAAAUAUCAAGAAGGCUGGCUGAAAGGAAUGUCGCUGGUCACAGGAAAAGUCGGGAUCUUCCCCAGCAAUUAUGUCACUCCGCUUUUCAGGAAGUCCUCAAGCUUCCCUGAUUCGAGAAUGCCUUCCCUCUAUGCGACUUGGACAUUAUCCACUUCCUCACUUUCAUCACAGGGAAGCAUUUCCGAGAACGGCCCGCGGCAAAGCAGACCUUUGAAAUCUGCCUUCAUGCCGACAUCGUUAGCCUCACCUGCAAGGCACCUCUCCGUGCCAAGUGUCUCAGGGCAAACAGCAUCACAGAGGAGAGGACGUGGCAGCAAUAGGAAGAAUGGAUCUUUACAGAAACCUGUGCAGCCAGGAGCUCUUAUUCCAUUCAUCAGUUCCCUUAGGCGCACUUCUGCCACCCAACUGCGACCCCAGCAAUCUCCAAUAUAUCAACAGAUCUCCAGUCUGCCCCGAGGAGUUGAUGCAGCUGACAUAGGAAGCAGGCUGAAUUCUUCCCAUGAUUCUUCAUUAGUGCUAGUGCCCCAGAGUGGAAGCAGCAGAGCUCCUUCUGUGUGUAGUUCAAUAAUGUUGGACACCAAAGAAUUACCAUCAAAAAGCGAGUUGAGUCAAAAGCCACCAUCAUCUGCUCCACCCUCCAUUCUGGUGAAGCCAGACACUUCCAGAAACACCACUGAGAAGCCAGUGAAAACAGUGAGAUUUCAGAACUACAGCCCACCACCACCCUCCAAGAGACAUAGCUCUCUACCUUCACCAAAUCUAUUCACUGGCAAAUCUGAGCAAGGAGGAGGAGUUCUAGAAGCAAUGCAGCCAGAAACAAACAAGGGCCUCGAAAUGCCAGCCCUCUAUUCCCACCGUAUUAUCUCCAGUCCGGUUCAUCAAAGAAGAAUGCCACAUCCCAAGACCUCAUCACUGGACCUCUCUAGCCAUCCAGGGCAUCUGACCUUUCCUACAAAAAAGAAUUAUAACAGCAUAUCUGAGAACUGAAAAGGUUAAUCCUAUUUAAUAGGAUUUCACUUUGGAAAUGUGCUCUUAUUCUUUGUUAGGGGUGGGGAGGAACCCACCUCCACAAGAUAUGCCAUAGAUCUCAGGUUCAAUCUGCCAAUAUCUUUUACAAAUCUAAAUCUCUCAGAAGAACUAAGCCUCUUUUAGGAACCUACAUUACUGCUGAUUAUUGCUGGAUGCUACUUAUUGCAUAUUGUAUGAAAGGGUCUUGCUCUGUGUGACUUUGACCUAUAGCUCAGUAGCAAGUACAGGUCAUGGGCAUACAGUUCUCUCCAGAUGCAGAUCACCACAGUGGCAGUGUAACAUUUACUCAAUUGCCACAGAUAGAUACAGAUAUGAUCAAGAGAUCGUGUGUAUGGAGGAAUAUUCAAAAGCCACAUUGUUCUACUAAGCUGUAGCAUUGUGCAAUACUGUUGGAAAUGAAAUAGCAAACUACCUUUUUUCUGAUUUGCUUUGGUCUUCUCUGUACCAUGCAAUUCCUCAGUGGAUGAAACUGCACCUUAUCUUCCCUGUCUCUCUGGCUGAGUUUUUAAAUGCCUCUUAUUUGUCUAACUUCUCAGUUUUUAUUUAAAGACUUUGGAGUUAAUUUAUAUUAUGAUUUGAAAUUUAUUUUUAGAAAUAUAAAAUGUUUCCCAAUCUCAGAUAUAAUUAAGGUUGAAAGUGAAAUACAGCCUAUCCACCCGGGUGUCCUCCAACAUUCAUUUUGGAGCCUGCUUCCAUAGAUCAGCUGAUUGAUAUAAUUAUACUGAGCAGGUCUCCAAGUUUGUCUAGUAGCCUUCUGAUUCAACAGCAACAUGAAUUCCUGUUGUUGUUGUUUUUAAAGAAUAUACUGUAUACUAAGAAAGGAGAAGCUCAUGCCCCAACGUUAUGAGUUGCAUUACCUUCAUGAAAUAGUCAACAUACUUUAAAAAUCUCACAGCCUAAUACUAUGACCUUAUGCAGACUUAAUAGGACUUGCUUCCAAGGAAACAAGAAUACCAGUGGGCUGCAGAUUAGAUUUACAUGUAAGCUUUUUCAGUUAAUUUUGAGGCGGAGGCCUACUGUAUUGUGGACAGCUUCCACAAUAGACGCUUCCCCCUCACAUAAUGUCUAAUCACUGUUCUGCCCUGAGUCCCCUUGUGGCCAGCAGCCUGGCCACAGAAGGAGAAGUCAGUGCCACCCUGCAGAAGGCCUUUGCUUUCCCCCACCCCCAUCUUCAGUAGCACUCAUUCACACACAAGCUUGCUAACUCCCAACCUCUCUUGUUCUCCCUGGCUACCUAGCCUCAGCAAUAAGCAGAAUCAAAAUGCCAUAUCAUAUUAACCUGGCUGUGACUGAUGUUUAGAAUAGUGCUAUAUGGUAGAGCUUUGUUUAUUUUGUUUCCAUUGCUAGUUCAAAGGCCAUGCAUUCUAGCCAAAGUAAGGGAGCAUGAGAUUUUGUGAUGGCUCCUGCUGUGUCAUUUCAAUAAAGGCUGGGAGCUAAA